UGAUUGACAUUUGACAAUACAAAUGGUAAGGCUAUGAAAGCUUCGUGACAGCAAAAUAAAAUAAAUCAUGUCGAAAUAUAAAUAAAUAAAAAAUUAGAAUAUUAAAAUAUAUUGUCAAAUAAUAUUACUAGUUGGUUAAAAUAAUUUGCAAUGCACUCAAAUAAUAAUCCAGAUUUAAGUAAAAUAUGCCGCUUAUGUCUAGGUGAACUUGUUGAUAAAUUUUACAUAUUUAAGUCUGAGUUUUGCAUUCCAUUGCGAAUAAUGGCUUGCACUACAUUAGAAGUUAAGGAAUCCGACAAUCUUCCAUCAGCUAUUUGCAAAUUUUGUAGAAUACAAUUAGAAAAAUUUUAUUUAUUUCGAAAAAAAUGUCAAAUUUCGGAUGUAAAAUUAAGGAAGCAUGUGCGUUAUAUCUCUUCAGGGAAAGUCUCUAAAGUUUUUAGCCAGUCAAAUGACGAUGAUGAAGAUGAUUACGAUGAAGACUUUAUUAAUUCACAAAAGUUUAUUGCGACCUUUGAAAAUGAGGAGAAGACGUUAGUCAAACAAAAUGAAGAAAACUUAGUAAAGUGUGAUAAAUGCACACAAACAUAUGAUAUAGAAGUAAAAAUACCUGAAUCUAAUAUUAAAAACAAAAAAUUGAUAGAGAAUUUCAUAAAUAACCGAAAUGAUAAUUGUAUUAAUAUUCAAAAUGAUGUUGAAGUUAAUAACAAAAGCAAGACGUCUCUAGGAAAAGAAAGUGAACGUGAUGGUAUUGUGUAUGUGAUACAAAGUGAAUGUUCAGAGACAGAAUAUGGGAAUCGUCAAGAAGUACGAAUAUUUGUGGAAGAGGAAGAUGAAUCAUUUUAUUCUAUAGAAAACGAAUCAACUGAAUCUAAAACCCAGAUUGUUGACGAAAAUGAUGAUAGCACAACUUUUAUUGAUGGAUCUUGCAUAUUAUUAGAUGAGGAAGAAAACUCGAACAAAGCUUUUGAUGAAGACUCCACCGACACAAAAUAUGAAAGAAUGGUCACAGAAGAAAAUAAGCAAAGUAUUAAUGAAGAUGAAAAAAAUACACGCGAUACUAAAAUUUUCGAAAACAAAGAUAUUAAAUUAUUUAAAUGUCAUAUAUGUCCACAAUCAUUUUCAAGAAUGUUUUUACUUGAUAAGCACUUGCAUCUACAUAAAAAAGGCAAAAGUCAUAUUUGCAACAUCUGUAAAAAACAUUUUGCAGCCAAAAGUUCUUUAGACAGGCAUUCUAGAAUUCAUAAUGGGGAAAAACCUUAUAAGUGUGAUGUUUGUGGAAAAGCUUUUAUACAGAAUGAAGUUUUAAAAAGACACCGAUAUUUGCAUCUCGAUAAAAAACCUUUUGAGUGCAGUCACUGCAGUCAAGCUUUUAUUCAAAAGAAUUUAUUACAGCAUCACAUGACGGUCAAACAUUCUAAUAAGCCAAUCCCAAAAUUAUUUAAUUGCGAUAUUUGCCCGAAAGCGUUCGUGCAUUCAUCUGGACUAAGUCGUCAUCUUAUUUUACAUUCAGGAAUUUCAUAUGAUUGCGAACAUUGUAGCAAAAAAUUUACUGACAAAAGUGCACUUAAGCGACACACAGAAAUCCACUCAAGAAAAAAAUUACGACUCAAAUAUAUUAGUGACAAAACUGGACAAAAACUAAGUGAAUGAUGCCCUUUUCAAAUUUUAGUUAAUUGUUUCUUUAAAUAAUUCUAAUAAAACAAAAUACUGAUAUUGAUGAAAUUCAUCAUGACAAAGGACAAACAACUUUUUGGUUGCAUUUUAUUGUAGAUACAAUACAUAGUAUUUAUAAAUUAUAUGUGCUUUAACUUUUGUAAUAAAUAAAAAAUAUAAGAAAAAUGUG